AUGGGCAACCAGGAGGCCAAGCAGAAGAGAGCAGCAGCAGCAGCGGGGAAUGGAAGCUACCCGUCUCUGGAUGAAGGGUGGAGGGAGGGUGGGGGGGAGGUGACAAAAAAAGGAGGAAAGAAACACCACGGUAAGCGAGGGGGAGGGGGAGGAGGGGGGAUGGUUGGAACAGCACCAGCAAAGAAGAAAAACAAAUCAGAGUCCAAGUCAUCCGUUUUCUCCAUCCGGAAGAAGAAGGGUAACCUCAGAGGGCGAGGAGAUGCGUCAUCAUCGGUAACCGGGUCGAGGGAGGACGUCUUAGAGUCCACCAACGAGGAUGGGAGCAAGACCCCUCCCCUGUCCAACGACGAGCUUGACCCCGAACCUCCCCUCCCCGACCGCAGACCAGCAAGAGGGGGCAAGGAUGAAGGUGAGGUAGGAGAAGAACAAGAAGGGGUCCAGAGGAAGACCUCCACAGCAGCUACAUCUCCCAUUGAGGAGGGGGGAGCUCCGCGGGGGGGCAGUUCAGGAUCGGACACCGACAUCUACAGCUUCCACUCAGCUGCUGACCACGAUGACCUUCUUGCGGACAUCCAGCUCGCCAUCCGGCUGCAGCAUCAGGGAGGGGGAAGCUGGGGGGGCCUGGAGGUGGGGAGGAAACAGAGUAAUGGAGCGGUGAAGUUCACUCCCCCUGAACCGGAUCAUACCCCUGAACUAGAGCUGGGCUCUGAUGCACUGUCAUUCCUGGAGUCCACCCCCCCCCUGCCUCACGCCCCCACACCCACAGGACACCAAUCCCACCCCCCCACAACCACAGGACCCUCACCUCAGCUCCCCACACCCGCAGGACACUCACCUCAACCCCCCACACCCACAGAACCUCUUCCUCUCCCACUGGAUCCCCCCAGUGAAUCAGGAAUCUCUCCUCUCCUGGUGGACCCCCCCUCUAAACCAGGACCCACUCCUCUCCUGACAGACACCCCCUCUAAACUGGGACCCCCUCCUACCCCAGCUGACCCCUCCUCACACACAGACCAGAGGAGGGGGAAGGAAGCCACUCUUUGUGCUUCCACAAAAGACCAGCAUGCUUUGCUGCAGCAGCUCCCACUCACAGGGGUUUCCAUGGAGAUGGCAGGAGGGGCAGCAGUCAGCCUGGUCUCCAUGGCAACCAGCAGUCACAGCCUCGCCGAGAGACCCUUGGGGCCUGAAGAGGAGGAGGAGGCAGGAAGUGAAGCCCAGCAGGACCAUAGGGGGCCGGAUGGGGGGCCUGAGGAGGAUCUGAGCCCUCCACCAGCAGGACAGAGCGAGGGGCGGAGCUCUGAGAGCGGGGGGCAGACCCCUGAGUGUGAUGGAGGAGACGAGGUCGAGAGAGGGGGCGCUGUCCUGGACUCAGGUACCAGUGCAGAGUCUCUAGAGGACUACCUGAGUCCUGUAUCUGACCUUGCCCCCCCCUCACAGAGUUGGAGGGGCCUCACCCCCCCCCAGGAGAGCCCGCCCCUUGCCAAACGUAUCCUCAGGUCUUCCCACACCCCCUCCACCUCCUCCUCCAGCCUGUCCGUCAAACCUUACCCCCCCAUCUUCCCGUCCUACAUCAAGACCACCACCAGGGUGCUCAGCUCCCCCGGAGUCUCCCCCGCCCUGUCCCCCUGCCACAGCCCACUCUCCCCCCGAAGAGCCCACCAUCACCUGAGCAGGUUGGUGGGCGGGGUUCCAACGACCAGCCGGAAGCGCUCUCACAGCUUGACUGGCUCUCUGAGUCGAUCAGCUGACUGGACAGAGGAGCUGGAGCGGAGGAUGAGGAGCAGAGAGGAGGAGGGAGGAGAAUACCUGGUUACCUUCAGAGGGGAGGGAGGAGGAGGGAGCCAACCGCUGUGCUGUACUAGGAGGUCAUCAUACGGACAGGCGUGCUCCUUCCAGGACAUUUUUACAGGGCGCACCUUGCUGGAGAAGCUAUUUCUGCAGCAGCAGGAGAAGGCUGAGCCCGAGGAGGCUGAGCGUCUGUGUUCCAGGAUUUUGGCGAUGGGUCUUCUGUUACCAUUCACUGACUGCUUCAGGGAGCAGCUGGGAGGAAGCUCCGCCCAAGUCAGCUCGACUGGACCCACCAAGUUUGACCAUGAGCAGCUGUACACGUGGGCGGCGGUGAACCAGCCUCCUCAGAGUCUGGACCAUGGACUGAGAGGACUGUGGACAACAGCCAGACCAGGAGAGACCAAGACCAAGACCAGGUCUACAGAGACCAUAGAGGGCGCUGUAGAUCAGGCGACAGCCAUGGUGGACAUAAAGCAGCAGGAGAACCAUGAGGAUGGGUACAGGUGUUCCUGUCAGCAGGGACCUGCUCAGAGUCUGGCUCCUCCUCCACCACCUCCAUUACCUGGAGAGUUAAUGCAGCCCCCACCCCCACCUCCACUACCAGGGGGUGUAGCUCCGCCCCCUCCACCUCCACCACCCCCUCCAUUACCUCCAGGUACAGCAGGUCCUCCACCCCCACCCCCACCCUUACCUGGCGGACUGGUUCCACCUCCUCCACCCCCACCACCCCUACCUGGCGGACUGGUUCCACCCCCUCCACCCCCACCACCACUACCAGGGGGUCUAGCUCCUCCCCCUCCCCCUCCACCACUCCCUGGAGGCCUAGCCCCGCCCCCACCGCCCCCACCUGGUGGACUGGUACCUCCCCCUCCCCCUCCUCCAGGCUGUGGUCCUCCGCCCCCUCCAGGACCACCAGGUGCUCCUCCCCCUCCUGGUGCUCUGGGCUCACUGCCUCCGCCCCUCCCGUUGGGACUGUUUGCUCUGGGCAUGGCUCAGGAGAAACCGCCCAGGAAGGCUGUGGUGGAGCCACCCCGGCCCAUGAAGCCCCUGUACUGGACCAGGAUCCAGCUCAGCACCAAGAAGGAGGCUACUUCUUCUUCGCUAGUGUGGGAGACAAUCGAUGAGCCUGAGGUGGACUUUGAUGAGUUUGUUGAGUUGUUUUCAAAAUCAGCCAUCAAAGUGAAGAAACAACCGCUAUCAGACACCAUCACCAAGUCCAAAUCCAAACAGGUAAUGAAGCUGCUGAACAACAAGCGCUCUCAGGCUGUAGGAAUCCUCAUGUCCUCUCUACAUCUGGAUGUUCAGGACAUUCAGCACGCUAUCCUGAACCUGGACAACACAGUGGUGGACCUGGAGACACUGCAGGCUCUGUAUGAAAAUAGAGCUCAGCCAGAUGAACUGGAGAAAAUAGAAAAGCACAUCAAAUCCUCCAAAGACAAGGAGACUAAACCUCUGGACAAACCGGAGCAAUUCCUCCACCAGCUUUCCCUCAUCCCAAACUUUUCUGGACGCGUCUUCUGCAUCCUUUUCCAGUCCAGCUUCACUGAGUGUAUGUCGUCCAUCAACAGGAAACUAGACACACUGCAGAGAGUGUGCAAGACGCUGCAUGAAAGUGAGACAGUGAAGCAGGUUCUGGGUUUGGUUCUGGCGUUUGGAAACUUUAUGAAUGGAGGGAAUCGAACCCGAGGACAAGCGGAUGGAUUCACCGUGGACAUCCUGCCCAAACUGAAGGAUGUCAAAAGCAGCGACAGUGCAAGGAGUCUGCUCUCCUACAUCGUCUCCUAUUACCUCAGACACUUUGACCAGGAUGCAGGCAGAGAGACGUGUGUGUUUCCGCUUCCAGAACCUGUUGAUCUGUUUCAGGCAUCUCAGAUGAAGUUUGAAGAUUUUCACAAAGAUGUGCUGAGACUGAGGAAGGAUCUGAGAGCGUGUACGUCUGAGGUUGAGAGGGUGUGUAAGGUGUCUGAUGAGGAGAACCUGCAGCCUUUUAAAACCAAGAUGGAGGAUUUUACUGCACAAGCUAAAAGUGAUUUAGAGACUUUGGAGGCCGGCCUCAGCAGCACUCACACUCAGUUCCUGGAGCUCUCCGUCUCGUUCUCGGUGAAAGCCAAGGCCGGAGAAAAAGAAGUUUCUCCACACACUAUGUUCAGCGUCUGGCACGAGUUCUCGUCUGACUUUAAGGAGACGUGGAAGAAAGAAAACAAAGUUAUACUAAAAGACAGGUUAAAAGCAGCAGAGGAAUCUUUCCGUCAAGCCAAGGAGAAAUCUUCAUACAGCGUCAAACCCAAACACGCCACAGGCAUCAAAGCCAAGCUGGGCAUGAAGAUCUGACCUCCAGGACCAUGAAUCAAAGUUGGGACACCAGCUGAAGAGCAGAGGGACGGAGGGGAUGAGGAGGAUGACUAUGAUGAUGAUGAAGAUGACUGUCCUUCAUUCACACAAACAUUAAUUCAAACUUCAGACUUUACUAAACAGUUUCCAUAAAGACACUGAACCCAGCUCUGUUCUCGUCCAAUUUUUCCUAUUAAAAAAAUAACCUUACAAGUUAUUUACCAUAUAUGGCCAUAACUGGUUAACGAAAUGGAUCAAUACCAUAUAUGGUCACACCUGGUUAACGAAAUGGAUCAAUACCUUAAAUGGUCACCUGUGUACAGGUUCACACUGAAAAGUGUCUGUGUGAGUGUGCGAUUGUGUGAACAGGAAGUGGAAUGUGUGUGAACAGGAAGUGAAGUGUCCCUGUGCAAUAAAGUUUUGAACGUGUGAAUUAAGGUGGU